AUGGCCCCCGGCCCGUCGCCCGAGCAAAUAGAGGAGUUUAAGAACCCCAAGAAGCGAGCAGAAGAGAGGAAAUUCCAGCUUCCCAGCAAUAGAUACCAAUACCACCCGCCCAAAUUCCGCCGCGGCGCCCUCCACCCCGUACAAUCGCCGCCGUCCUCCGACCCGAUCGCGCGCGACUUCCAGGCCGGGCCGUUCUACCUCCCCCGCCUCAAGGAGACGUGGCAGACGACCAUCGCGCCGGACCUGCUGGCGCUAACGUACGAGCACAAGCCCCCCGGGACGGCCAAGGGCCCGAUCGGGCAGCGGCUGCGGGCGUGGGACGACUCGUCGCCCUACCACAAGAACCGUCCCCUUCGGGGCCCCCGCGGCAGCACGGGCGCGCUGAGGCCGGUGGAGCGGGACAUCGACUUCCGGACGGUCCCCGAGCUGCUGGCGGUGACGCUGUCGACGUACGUGCCGCAGGGCGUCAGGGAGCCGACGUACCUGCUCGCGGCGCGGGCGGCGCUGCAGGCGGUGACGGGGGCGCGGACCGAGAUCACGCGCGUCAAGCACGGCGUGUCGCAGUUCGGGGUGAGCAAGGGCCAGACGGCGGGCGCCAAGGUCACGGUGUGGGGGGAGCAGGCGUACGAGCUCAUGGACAAGAUGGUCCACCUCGUCUUCCCCAAGAUCAAGGAGUGGCCCGGGGUGCCGGGGAGCACGGGCGACGAGUCCGGGAACGUGUCGUGGGGGUUCGAGCCCGACCAGUUCGCGCUGUUCCCCGAGAUCCAAGCUAACUAUGACGCCUACCCUGCAAAGAUGAUCCCCGGAUGCCGAGUUAACGUCCAGACCACUGCCAAGUCCAACCGGCACGCUCGCUUGCUCAUGCAGGCCCUGGGAGUACCGUUCGACGGCGAAUUCAAGUGA